AUGAAUUCGAACGCGGAAGAUGUGCUCACUGAUGGAGAAGAAGAACUGAGUCGCCGACUCAAAGUGCAGAUCAAGGAGAAGGACUUGCUCUGCAUCAAUGGAUGUGGAUUCUAUGGCACACCACAAUGGGGUAAUCGUUGUUCAAAAUGUUGGCGAGAACAUCAGAUCGCUGAGAAAAGGAGUCAGGACUACGCUAAGAACAAAACCUUGCUAGGAUUCGAUAAUUUCCAUGAAAGACGUAAGAUGGCAACGGAAAGUCGCACGAUGACGAUAAAAAAGAUCUUUCGUUCACCAUCAUUGAUGGCAUCAACGUCAAAUGACUCGCUAUCAUCGUUGCAACAUGUUUCACCGAACGCCACACCUGCUAGGCCGAGACAACUGAGUCCGGAUAGCAAAGCGGCAAGAGAAGCUUUGACUGAUUUCUUGGUGACCUGCCUACCGACUGCAAUUUUGCAAGAAGUCACAAGACAAGUCAAAUAUGCUGUGAUGAAAAUCCAUGAGCUUCGAGUUAGUCCAGAUGAGAUGUCAGAGCUGGUGCAAGGCUUUUAUCAGUAUCUUAUCGAUAAGCUGAAUCAAAAUCCAUUUUUCAACCACGAAAAAUGCAAUGUGAAAGUGGAAGACGUCCUUGCCGAAGUUGAAAAAUAUAUCUGUACAUGUUGCUAUAAUCAUUUAUUCUGUGCUAGUUCUGAUGAGGAAGUGGCAGAUCUCUCGUUACAAGAUCGUAUUCGUUCUCUAAAUUGGGUCACUGCAGGAUUUUUGGAAACCAAAAUCAACUUUGCUAGACCAGCGGUUCGAAAUCUACUUGACGAUGCCAUAGCAGAAAUGAUCGAUAUAAAUAGCCAUAGAAGAAAUGACGAAAAGUUGGAAUGCCUCGUUCGAUGUUCACACAAGAUUUUUGAGGCGCUGAAAGAAAGCGGUGCUCCGACGAGUGCCGACGAAUUCUUACCGGUGCUUAUCUACGUGCUGCUCAAGGGAAAUCCACCCCUUAUUCAAUCAAAUGUGAAGUUUAUUAGCCGUUUUGCUUUGCCGACACGUAUUAUGAGCGGGGAAUCAGGAUAUUUCUUUACAAAUUUAUCUUGUGCGCUGCAAUUUGUACAAGACAUGAACUAUGCAAGUUUGAAGAUGGAACGCUCAGAAUUUGAAGCUUAUACUUCUGGAGAUCUCGUUCCACCACUGAAUAUGAUGAACUGCGGGUGUAACCAGGCUCUUGGGUCUAUGGAAGAAUCUCUAGCUAAACUUCGUGAACUUAUCGAAAGGCAGCAUACUUUAUCCACCAGAAUAGAUGAAUUUGUACGAAGAGUCAGCGUUGAAGAAGCUGAAUUUACCGAAGAAUUUCACAAAAUGCUUGGUAUGUAUCCGUCUCAGGAAUAUCAAAAACUGAAAGAACAGCUUGCUCGUGAGGAAAAAGAGACUAUGGAGGUGUGUUCGAUGACAUCGCUGCUAACCACCAGUUCGAGCCGAUCGAGUGCCGAAGCCGAAGAGCCGACAAAAAUCAAAGAUAGCGCUACUUCAACGGCAGUUGAGCAGUGAAGAGUGUACAUGAUUGUCGUCUCCAAAAACAUUUUUUGUUGUUGUUCAUUUUCUUGUAAAUAUUGUACUGAUAAGACUUAUUACUUCAUCUUUGUACAGUUUAUGAUUAUAUAUUUUGUCGAUGUAUCUUCUUCUCUCAGUCUGUGAUCUGGUAUGUAUUUGAGCACGAUGUCCUUCCAAUUUGGUAAAGAGAUUAGAAUGGGACGAAGACGGCAGUCGCUGGUGGGUCACACCCGCGCGGACAUCUGUCACAAGCCGGGCACUUGAACAGUUCUUAGCUCGUA